UGACGCAAAGAUGGCCGCGGCGCGCUGAGAGGAGUCCUGCGCAUACAGGAAGUCCAGGCUGGCCGCUCAUCUCUCCUGUUUUUCUUGCUUCUUACUCUUCUCUUUUCUCCUUACUUCUUUGUCGGUAUAAUAUACGUUAGCUCGCCUGACAUUUAUUAACAAAAAGAAGAAUUAGGAUGGUAAUAUGACACAGGGUAAAAAGAAACGGCCGAAUCGCAGUCUGUUGCUUGUGAAAAAAAUAAUUAUUAAGGAUGGAGGAACGCCACAAGGCAUCGGGUCUCCGAGCGUUUACCACGCUGUAAUCGUCAUAUUUUUGGAAUUCUUCGCCUGGGGUCUGCUGACAGCACCUACCUUAGUGGUUUUGCAUGAAACGUUCCCGAAACACACCUUCCUGAUGAACGGUCUCAUCCAGGGAGUAAAGGGUCUGCUGUCCUUCCUGAGUGCCCCGUUAAUCGGGGCUCUGUCAGACGUGUGGGGACGGAAGUCCUUCCUCUUGCUCACAGUCUUCUUCACCUGCGCCCCCAUUCCGCUGAUGAAGAUCAGCCCCUGGUGGUACUUUGCGGUGAUCUCCGUGUCUGGCGUCUUCGCUGUCACCUUCUCGGUCGUGUUUGCUUACGUAGCUGACAUCACCCAGGAACAUGAGCGCAGUAUGGCCUAUGGGCUGGUCUCGGCCACCUUUGCGGGCAGCCUGGUGACGAGCCCCGCGAUCGGGGCCUACCUGGGCCGGGCGUACGGCGACAGCCUGGUGGUGGUGCUGGCCUCGGCCAUCGCUAUGCUGGACAUCUGCUUCAUCCUGGUGGCGGUGCCCGAGUCACUGCCCGAGAAGAUGAGGCCCGCCUCGUGGGGCGCGCCAAUCUCCUGGGAGCAGGCCGACCCAUUCGCUUCUCUGAGGAAGGUCGGCCAGGACCCCACAGUCCUUCUCAUCUGCAUCACAGUAUUCCUGUCCUACCUGCCUGAGGCAGGCCAGUACUCCAGCUUCUUCCUCUACCUGAGGCAGAUAAUGGGCUUCUCCCCUGAGAGUGUUGCAGCUUUUAUCGCUGUCCUUGGGCUGCUUUCCAUCGUCGCUCAGACUGUGGUGCUGAGUUUUCUCAUGCGCUCCAUCGGGAACAAGAACACCAUUUUACUGGGCCUGGGCUUUCAGAUCCUGCAGCUGGCCUGGUACGGCUUCGGAUCAGAACCAUGGAUGAUGUGGGCGGCGGGGGCGGUGGCAGCCAUGUCCAGCAUCACCUUCCCAGCAGUCAGUGCGCUGGUGUCCCGCACCGCAGACCCGGAUCAGCAAGGCGUGGGACAGGGCAUGAUCACCGGGAUUCGCGGCCUCUGUAACGGCCUGGGUCCUGCUUUCUACGGCUUCGUCUUCUACAUCUUCCACGUGGAGCUGGAGGAAGCGCCUGUCACUGAAACCGUGACGACAGUCCGCUCUCUGCUCCAGCAGGAGGCUGCAGGAAUCCCGGGCCCACCCUUCCUGUUCGGAGCGUGCUCCGUGCUCCUCGCCCUGCUGGUGGCGCUCUUCAUCCCGGACCACCCCUACCUGCCCCCCCGCUCCGGCAGCUGGAAGAAGCACGACUCGCCACACGAGCACCCCCACAGCCCCCAGCACCCCCCCGGGGAGGCCAAAGAGCCCCUGCUGCAGGACACCGGCGUGUGACACACACACACA